AUGGUUGAUUCAAGUCUCAAAGAAACAUAUCAAAAAUCUACAUUGCUUACAGAUGAAUAUGAGACCAUUGCAAAGAGACGCCCGAGGCGUGCAGCAACACAGAGCGUCUCAUACCAUGCCCGUCCCCCUCGUGCAAGAACAACUCGUACUUCCACGCGUAAGCAAUCGCAACCACGAUCAUUGCCGGUUGUCGAAACCCCCCCAGCAGAUGUUGAUGCUUCUGAUGAGGGAUCGCAGGAAACUGAUCCCCUGGAUAUUGAUGGAGGAAUCCAGGCUCCACCGCCACCGACCCGCAUUCGUCUUAGGAUACAAUCUCCCGAAAGCAGUAGUUCCCCUCCUGAAAAGUUGCCUAAACUGAAGCGUAAAGCUGGGAGACCGCGAAAAAACGAUCCUAAUUCUAAGCGUCAUCGUGUCACUUUGACUGCGAGUAAUCGUGAUAAACUUGUGGAACCAUCACGACCGAUGGAUGAUACCGAGGAGGCACAACAAGCAGACAAUGAGAUGGAUGAGAAGACUUUAAAGAUCGGUGUCAAAAAAGAACAAUCGUCUGUAAAUAAUGUCAGGAAAAAUAAAGAUGAAAAAUCACGGGACAUUAAGGAAGAAGCCGCUGAGGAAGUCGAAGUCUUGGACGAAAAGGGCGAACAGAAGAUUACAAAAGACGGCGAACUACUGGGAGGUAGAAAAUAUAGAGUGCCCGUCUUUCAACUAGAAUCGCGAGGAAACACCAUAUUCAUGUGUUCCAUGGAGCCAGCUAAAUGUUUGGGAUUUCGUGAUAGUUAUCUGUUCUUCUCGAAAAAUCCUUCUCUAAAACGAAUCGCGGCGACAGAUCAGGAGCGCGAGUGGCUUGUUGCCCAUGGUUAUCUGCCAACAAAUUUUAGGAAUAGGGCAAUUACGCUUGUUUCUGCGAGAUCCAUAUUUAAACUUUUUGGUCACAGAAUUGUAUUAGGCGGGAAACGACGAAAAGACGAUUAUUUCGAAUCUAAUAUUAAUUAUGACGAAUCUCACAACAGCGAUCAAGGUCAAGAUUCGGAAUUGGAAAGCGCGAACAACAUUCUUUCAAGACGAGCGAAUACCAAUUAUAUUCAAAAUCCUCGUGUUCUUUUGAAUGAGACGAAUUGGAUGUAUCACCAGGCGCUUUCGUGUCGCGAUUUUAACAAUCGAUUAAAUAUUCAUCGUUCCGAAAAAUCAAGAUUUUAUGAUCCACAUACCAAUAUUGAUCAAUUCCCCCGUGAUACACAACCGACGCGCGUUCGUGUCGAAAUGACUUCCCCAAUUAAUUAUUCCGCGAGAAAGAAUAACGCACCCGCACCGAUAGAGCCUGAAGUGGAGUUUGUACCGAAAAUUGGGAACCCACACAAGACACUUAGUGCAGAGGUUAUGGAAGUUUUACCCCCUGAAAUCAGGGAAAUUGUUGAAACCAUGAAGAAAAACGAGGAACUGGACGAAUAUCGCGUCGAGGACAAAUAUCCUCUGUCAUUGAUGGAUGGUCAAUUCCAAACCUCUUAUCCUGUGUAUCAAACUCGAUUCAAGCCCGAUAUUCAAAACGUACCCAUGACCACAACCUCAAACAUGCCGACCACACCAGAAACUGUUGUAACAGAGGAACAAUCAUAUUUCCACUUCAGAAAAACUCAACCCACGCAGGCUUUUGGCAAUCAGAGUUUUAAUCAGACAGGAAGGAACGUUUCACAAUAUACAUCAAGUAAGGCAAAUCCACAGUAUAUAUGUGGUGUCAUAACUGCAACAACUGGCCAACCAUGUAGGCGAGCAGUAAUUGCUGAAGGGGAAAAAUGCAUGUAUCACAAAGAUAGCGUACAAACUCCUACAUUCGUGGGUCGUUCUGUGAACAGAAACAAACCCAUGAAUUCUGUCGUGAACUCUGUACCGACUGAUAUGGCUGGCACCUCUAAUAUGCUGCCUCCCACUCCUUUUUCCCUUCCUCCCAACGCCUGUGCUAUUUGCUAUUCUACGGUUGUCCCUCCAAGCCUGCAAUUACCUCCUAAAGUCUCGUGUUCUACCGAGCACACUACCAAAUGCUCUCAAUGCAACCGAAAAUAUCAUCCGAUUUGUCUUGGUCUUACUACACCCCGACUUCUGGUCUCUAUUGAAAGUUACCAAUGGCAAUGCAAUGAUUGCAAGACUUGUUCGGUUUGUAAAUCUUCCGGUGAUGAAGCCACUCUCCUUAUAUGUGAUGAUUGUGAUAGGGCUUGGCAUCUUGACUGUAGUGAUCCAAAAGUUACAGAGGUUCCGCAAGGUCCAUGGUUAUGUUCACUUUGUGCGCAAUGCGAUUCGUGUGGAGAAAAAGCUACAUCUUUGAAUGAUGCCGCAAGUAGUUAUUUUCAUAAGGAUGCGAUCCCCAAUGAAUCUAACUAUCCGAUUCAUCUGGCCACGAUUUGCAGUAAGUGCGAACCCAAUUUCUCUGCUGAUAGAUUUUGUCCGAUGUGCCUUAAAACCUAUUCAGAAGUGGAGGAUGGUCAAGAAAAUGAGGAUGACAAGGAUAUGGUGUGUUGUGAUGAUUGUGAUAGUUGGAUUCAUGCGAGGUGUGACUCUGCCAUCACGCCUGAACGGUAUAAAGAAUUGGUCGAAGAUCCCGAUGUAAAGUACAGAUGUCCGUUGUGCGAGGGAAGAAUAAGACCAUUGAGAAAAGGUGAUGAGGAACAGCUUCGCGCAUUGUCGGGUUUUCCCAUAGCUGUGCCCGCUUCUCAAAUUGCGAACGGUCGAUACAUUCGUGGCGUUGUUAGCUUUAAGGGGAAGAAGGUGACCGUCCCUGAGAUCCGGGGAUGGGGAAAAAAUAAUGUUUAA